AUGUGCAUCAUGUUUCUGCUGCCUUUCUUCGCCCUUUUGGCGACCGCCGAGGACGCUCACAGCAGGGACUCAGACUAUGACGACGACGACCUGGGGCGGAAGCAUAAAAAGCGGAAGAAGCACCAGUACAACGGGCCGUGUGGUUACGGCAGGUCUUUUGGGGAGAAGCUGUUCGGCACCCAGGAGUACACCUACGUGUCGGCGCCGGUGAACAACUACUAUUUCGGAUGCGGCGGCCUCUCUUCCUAUCCCCUUAAUAAUGGCCAGCAGCACGGUGGGCAUGGCCACGGCGGCCACGGCGGGCACGGCGGGCACGGAGGCCAUGGCGGCCAUGGAGGCCACGGCGGGCACGGUGGCCACGGUAACCUUGGCGGCCACGGAGGUUUCGGAGGGCCAGCGUACGGAGGUGGGUUCGGCCCAUACGGCCAGCCGUAUGGACAAUACGGCGACUACCAGCGGCCGUUUCAGGGCGCGGUGUCUGCUGCAGCAUCAGGCUUCGGCACGGCCCUGGCGGACUAUUUCGGCCGGCCGAAGAAAGUCCAGAAACACAUCAACAAACAAGUGAACCAGUUCCUCAGGCCCAUCUACAACAACAUUUCGGAAGGCUACGGAGCAUAUCAGUCCCGGGAGCAGAUAGUCGACCAAGAGAGCCACAAUGGAGACUUCGAAACUGGAAAGCCGUCCGAAUCGUCGGACGGACACCACAUGGUCACGCAUCCCACUUCUUACAUGGACACCAUGCUGCACCUGUUCCGUGGCAACAUCGGUUCUGGCCUCUUGGCGAUGGGGGACGCCUUCAAGAACGGAGGGAUUGUGUUCGCCACCAUCUCGACUGCCCUGCUCGGCGUCAUCUGUGUCCACGCUCAGCACUUGCUGCUGAACUGCUCGGAGGAGAUGUACCGGCAGACGAAGAGGGAGAAACCGCCAGGUUUCGCGGAGACCGUGGCGCUGGUGUUCGCCAGCGGUCCCCAGCGGCUGCGACCGCUCGCCGGCACCAUGAGAGUGCUGGUCAACUCGUUCCUCUGCAUCACGCAGCUGGGAUUCUGCUGCGUCUAUAUUGUUUUCAUAGCGAACAAUGUUAAAAUGAUUUGCGACCAGUACAACAUACAUAUAGACCUAUCGGUGCAUAUGAUAAUUGUGAUAGUCCCGGUCCUGCUGUCCUGUAUGGUCAGGAACCUCAAGUACCUUACGCCCUUCUCGACGAUCGCGAACGUGAUGAUGGCCGUGGGCGUCAGCGUGGUGGUGUACGAGGCUGCCCAGGAACUGCCUCCGGUGCCGUCCAGGGCAUACGUGGCACCGUGGCAAUCGCUGCCACUCUACUUCGGAACCGCUAUUUACGCCUUUGAAGGCAUUGGUUUGGUGCUACCUUUGAAGAACGAGAUGAGGAGGCCGGAGCUGUUCCAGAAGCCUUUGGGCGUUUUGAAUAUAGGCAUGGUGGUGGUAGGCAGCAUAUUCGUCACUGUCGGCUUUUUGGGCUACCUUAAAUGGGGCGACGAUGUUGCGGGCAGCCUCACUCUCAACCUGAAGCCUGGACAAGUCUUGAGCAACGUUGUUCAAGGGCUUAUAGCUCUCGCGAUGCUGUUCACUUACCCGCUUCAGUUCUACGUACCCGUGUGUAUCACAUGGCCGGGCCUGAGGAAGAGAUUUGCGAAGACCUCACCCAUGGCAAAGGAGCUUGGAUACCGUUCCGCUCUAGUUUUGCUUACGUUCGUCCUGGCCGAGUCGAUACCGAACCUUGGGCUUUUUAUUUCGCUGGUUGGAGCCAUCAGCAGCACAGCACUGGCACUCGUGUUCCCACCACUGAUAGAGCUGGUGUACAACUCACAGACCUCUAAAGGCAUCACAUUACCUAUCUUCAUAAAGGACGUUUUUAUAAUAUCCCUGGGCUUGUUCAUUUUUGUGACUGGAACCUACGAGAGCAUAGCGUCCAUUGUACGCGCAUUCAAAGCG